AACCCUGAUAAACAAAAAGAAAACAUUAUGAGCAUGUGUAGUUUCACAUUUUAAACUCACUCAACUUGUCCGUGUUUUUGCUCACUUCCUACUUUAGGCUAUUCACCAACUCUCGGCCUAACCUACGUCAUAAUGGCUGUUGUGAAGAUACAGAAGGUGGUGUAAUACGGCUGCAAAGGGGAAUUUAGUGCUUGCAUCAUUUAUUUUGUUGACAUAUUUAUAAACCAUACUUUCCUAUGAAAAAUCACAAGGUGGCGUUUCGAGUUCGCUCCCAGGUUGGUGGGGGACUGUGGAAAGCAGAGUGAUCUUCUUUUGAGCUGCUUUGGGCAGGAGUUGGCUGUGCUGCCAAGUUCUCCACGGGGAACUUAGUAGCACAGCUGAACCCGACAGGAUCACCCUCAUUACCAGUGACAAGAAGCCUCCUUUGCUGGGGCACUUGAAGGCUCCUGAUUGUGCAAAGGCAGCUGUGUUUCUACCAGCCCCACUCCUCAUGUUGCAGGUGUGGGGCAGUUGGGCAUGGUUUUAGGAAAAUGGCUUUGUGCCCCAAACAGGAAUCCAUGCAGAGUCAAAUUAGUCCUGCAGGUCAGAGGUUUCCCACCCCUGAGCUCAGUGAGCCUAGUGCAUCUCUGCUUUCCAGCCACUCAAAACUUUUCACAGCUCACUGCUUGGUUCCUUUAAUGCCUCCUUAGCUCACAAGUAAACUCUGGUUCUGUAUUGGAUGACAGGCUAAGGGCAAGAAAGUUUAUUAUACCACUUUUAUUUGUCUUGGGGUUAACUGAUGUGCUCCUAGGCCAGGGGUCAGCAAUCUUUUUCAGCUGUGGGCUGGUCCACCAUCCCUCAGACCAUGUGGUGGGCUGGACCAUAUAUUGAAAAAAAAUGAAUAAAUUCCUAUGCACCACAAAUAAUCCAAAGAUGCAUUUUAAAUAAAAUCACACAUUCUACUGAUGUAAAAACACCAGGCAGGCCCCACAAAUAACCCAGAGAUACAUUUUAAAUAAAAGGACACAUUCUACUUAUGUAAAAACAAGGUGAUUCCCGGACCGUCCGCAGGCCGGAUUGAGAAAGCUAUUGGGCCGCAUCCAUCCCCUGGGCCUUAGGUUGCCUACCCCUGUCCUAGGCUCUAAUUGGGGUAUGCUCUGGGCCCUGCAGCCACUGAAAAAUAUCCUCUUUACACUAUGGUCUAUUAUGGCAUAACUUGGGCAAGGCCUCAUCACCAUAGCAACCACUUGUUUGUCUUCCCCUAAUUUUGAAAUCCAGAUGUUCAGGAGGAGAAAAAUCUCUGUCCCCGCUUGCAACAGGAAACACUGUUCAUGAGCCACUGUUUAAAGGUUUCUCCCAUUUGUUUUCUCCAGUACCCCUGGCCUCCGUAAGAACAUACCUACAAGGGCUGCCGGAUUUAUAAAGGACUGGGCUAUGGGAAAGCCACCACACAUGGACAUUUCCCAGUGUUACCUACUUGCAUGUAAAUGCACUUGCAAUGUACGUGUGCCCAUUUGUGCCCAUUUGAGGGUAGUGUAAGUGCCCCAACACACUUCUGAACCAUCCAUCGCUGGUGUACUAAUGGAAGUAGCGGCAGAUCCGCAUCUGGCAAGCAUGGCCGUAGUCAGGACUUUUGUGGGGGGGGACAGAUGUGAUUGGUCAGUUAGUUAGUUAACAAUUUCUAUUUGUUUUAUUUGAUCUGGGGGGGGCAUAGCUGCACCCCCUUGGCUACGCCCAUGCUGACAAGCACAUUUAAAAACCUUGUUGUACACAUGCCACCCGCAGCCACCGCAUAUGGCAUAUUUCUGCAUUGCAGGGGGUUGGACUGGAUGACCCUCGGGGUCCCUUCGUUACAAUUCUAUGACUGCAUUCCAUCACUCCGGACUGCCGGUAUAUAGGUGCAGAAUCACAUCUCUGAAUCUCCUUCACGCUCAACUCGCUCACAAUAAACACAGCGGCUGGAGGCGGCCUUCUCUCGGUCGCGAAACAGGGAAACUCCGCCACCGAUUGGCUCCCUCCCCAGCCCGGAAGAAAAGGAAAGCGGCCGCCCCAGCCGUAGUGCGCCGGGGGAAGAGGCCGCUUGGCAAGGCCUGGCGCACGGGGAGGGCGAAGGGCGCGCCUCUCCGCGGCCAAAGGGUUCCAGAGGUGGCCACUGCGUCUUUACGCGCAGCGCCCCUUAUCUCCAAGGUCGGGCGGGCGGCGAGUAAGGGGAAAGCGCUGGUAUCUCAAGCCCCCCCCCACCCCCGCUCCAUUACGUCUUCACUUGCUGGAGGGAUCGCCAGCCGCCGGAGCAGAGGAUCUUGCUCCUCCCCCCCCUCCGCGCCUCGUCUCUGACUUGAGCUUUUGGCAACCUCGCCUCCUCCUCCUCCUGGAACGAGUUUGUUCUGUCGCGGCUGGUGUAACAGGUGUGUGAGAAAGAAAGAUGGCUGCUCUUAGUGGCUCAAGGAACUGUCUUUUAACUCGACUUACAUCUUUGGCCUGUUGGGGAAAGAGCAUUAAUCCUUACAAGUUUUCCAGCGAAGCCUUGAACAGCCACCAGCAUCAAGUGACUAAGUGCCACUCAUGGAACAAAAGUAAAAACAGAAGGCGCUACUUAAUGACUGAAAGUUCCAACACCUACAGUAACCUCAUUAAUAGAAGUCAAGUGUGGCUUUUGAACCCUAAGAAUGCAGGAAUUUUCAACGUCGCACACAGCUGUUCUAGGAGGCCUUGUAUUCUCUCUGAGCAAAGGGCAAGAGGACUUUCCUUUCAAAAAUCUCGACGCUUGACUGCUUCUCACGAUGUCCAGUUUCACAGGCCUUUCCACAGAUCUUCAGCAUUGAAGGUGGCUCCCGUUCCAAUCUUGUGGAUCCUAUUGAAGCCAGUUCAGAAAAUAUUUGCUAUCAUCCUUGGGAGGAGCAUAAGAAAAUGGUGGAGGGCACUUCCUCCAAACAAGAAGGAGCUGUUUAAAGAAGCCGCAAGAAGAAAUAAAUGGAAGAUAGCCUUAGGCCUGUGUACUUUAGGAGUUGUAUUUAUCCUGUUUUAUUUUACUCACUUGGAAGAGACACCAAUCACUGGACGUUCUCGGCUUCUGGUGUUUCGGAAAGACCAUUUUGCUGAAUUGUCCCAGAUGGAGUAUGCCAUGUGGGUCGAAGAAUUUAAAAGCAGAAUGUUGCCUGAAACAGACCCCCGUUACCAGGAGGUCAAAGAAGUCUUUUUGCAUCUGAUUGACAGCAACAAGGAUUUUCCAGGACUCUCUGAGUUCAAGUGGACUAUCCAUGUGGUGGAGGGGCCAGACAUUAAUGCUGUUGUGCUUCCAAAUGGACAACUGUUUGUUUUCACUGGUAUGCUGUCUGCUGUGUCAGAUAUCAAUGAGCUGUCUUUCAUUUUGGGACAUGAACUUGCUCAUGCUGUUCUGGGACAUGGGGCAGAGAAGGCGAGCCUGAUGCAUUUUGUGGAUUUCGUGCUCCUCAUUUUUCUCAUAAUGAUUUGGGCUGCUUGCCCUGGAGACAGCUUAGCAAUCGUAGGCCACUGGCUCCAAUCUUGGUUUCAAGAGUUGCUGUUCAAUAGGCCAUAUAGCAGGACAUUGGAAGCUGAAGCUGACAAAAUUGGGCUUUGUUUUGCUGCUAAGGCUUGUAUGGAUGUAAGAGCAAGUUCUGUAUUCUGGCAGAAAAUGGAGCUCGCUGAGACUCUUACAGGGCAACCAAGAGUGCCAGAAUGGUUUUCUACACACCCCUCCCAUGAGAAUCGAGCUGAGCAUUUGGACAGAAUUAUUCCAGAGGCCAUUAAAAUCAGAGAGCGCUGCAAUUGCCCAGCUCUGCCUGGACAGGACCCACGCCUUGCUUUCAAACUGGCCAAGCAACAAAUUCUGCAAGACGAGGGAGGCCUAAACCUCACUCACGAUGCUCUUUACAGAACAAAGGAGAAGACACACGUGGACAUAGUAGCUGAGAAAUAACUCUGCGGGUAAAGGCAGAAAUGCUUCAUGGAUUAACGUUACCUAACUUCUCAAGGCAAGUACUGUGCUUUUCAGGAGACUGCUUUGGAAAUUUGAAGUGUCCAGACUGACAGACAGUGCUAUUAAUUCAUGGCCACAAUUUUUGACAGUGAUGUGGCUCUGGAACUCGGCUCUUGGAUGGAUUUGCAGAAGAAUGCUUCAUAUGCACAAGGAAUAUGAGGAAGAGAACAGGAAACCUUUGUCUGCAUGGGGGCGGGGGUGUUGAGCAGUGCCCCAGAGGGUACUCCCAUACAUAAUGCAUGUAUAACCAGGCUGCAAUAGCAAAUCCCCUUGUACACCAAAAUGUUAGUCUGACUAUCAGAACUAUGUCUUUUCCGAAUCAUGUUAUAAUCUCCUCCACCCCCCCACCCCCCGUUUCCCAAUGGAUGUCUCAAAGGGAUAUCCAGCUGAGUAUGGUGGGGAGGGCAGGGAUAUUGGACAAAUGGAAACAUUGCUUCUGUCUAAAUGUCUAUCCAAUGCAAUGCAGUUUUAGGUUGUAUCCCCAGGCUCCAGUUGGAUACAGAUCUGUCCCUUUGUCGCAAAUAAUGAAAUAGUACCCCUUACCUGUGUAAAUCCUCUUGAAUUUGUUGCAAGCUCAGUUAGUUUUGUCCAAUGAUAUUUAUAAAAAUAAUGUUAAUAAUUCGCUGCCUUUUACAAGGAUCAAGAUGCAAUAAACUGACCAGUGGUCUGUUUCGAAUAUCACCUAAUUGGUUGACCUGCUGUUGGGAUUCCCUCUCUUUGUACUCUCUAAAAGGCAGAUUGAGUCAACAUUUCACUUUGAAGCAAUCCCAAGGGACCGUGGAGUUAACCUUACAAUGUAAACAUGUUUGUAAGGCACAAGACAAAAUUUUAUUGGAUAAAACCUGACAUACAGCACUAAGGAGUGCAGUAGAUUAUUUGUCGGUGUCAUUUAAGUAAACAGAAUACCACUUGGAAAGGUUAAAUUAGUUACAGUAGACCUUGUCCUGGUCAGAUCAGUGCUUGAAAACCCAGUGAUUGAUGCUCAAGGAAACUCCCUGGAGUUGGAUGAUGUGCUGUGAGGUGCCUGCUAGUGAUUUUAAAACCACAUAGUCCAGGCACUGAUUUUUUUAUGGGUAAGCGUUUUGAGGCAUAACUUCACUGCUGACCCGCCACCCACGUGGAGUAAAUAAGACACAAGCACACAAGAUUUUAGGUUAAUGGAUAAAAUAAGGCCACCACUUUAUUGGUUAUAGUAUGUGAGUGGUAUUGGCUUAGGCAUUGGACAGGAACACAACACGUGACUCCACCAGACUAGUGUGGAGCUGGAAGCAGAGUGAGAAAAUUCCCGCUGCCGCAGCUGCUCAACAGCAGCCAGACUCCGCCUCCCAGCGAGCCCUAUUGGCCAGAUGAGCGGCUUAACACGGCAGCGAGGAAGGGCUGAUGCAGGGGGCCGAACACGCCCCCCUGCAAGCACGGGAGGCUGGCCCCACCCACAACUCCUCCCCUCUGGAAUGGAGGAGAGGUCUUACUGGACCAUAAUACUCCUUUGCUCCUUGUUGUCCUUGCAGAGUUCCUCAUUUUCACCUCAUGUUCCUGUUCUCCUGAAUAUGCCUGCAUUAAAGUUUCAGCCAUGGUUGCUAGAGUGCAUUUUGCUGCUAUCCAACACUGAAAUGGUUCUCUGAGUUCUAUCCUUUCUAUGGAGUGCAGACUAUUGGGAAAUAUACACACACACACACACACGUUAGCUUACUCUGGAAAACUGAAAUUCCUCCGCUUCAUACUGCAGAACAAAUAUUAAAUGCAGUCAUACCUCGGUUUAAGUACGCUUCGGUUUGAGUACUUUCAGUUUAAGUACUCCGCGGACCCGUCUGGAAUGGAUUAAUCCACAUUCCAUUACUUUCAAUGGGAAAGUUCACUUCAGGUUAAGUACGCUUCAGGUUAAGAACAGACUUCCGGAACCAAUUGUGUACUUACAACGGAGGUACCACUGUACAAAUUACUUGACACAGUACAUCAGAGAAAGGCCCAUGGCUUUCUACCUUUGAUCAACAGCAUGGUCCUGUAACAUUUAAAAGUUAUUUGUAUGUUCUUCUAUGAAAACCUGGGGAAAUGUGGGAUGAUGGAAGCUUUAUUUUUUUUCCCUGAUGAAAAUGUAAAAACAUGAAACAAUGCCACAUACACAAUAUUUUUGCACACUAUUUCCUCAAAUAGGGCCCCCUGGUUCCAUGUCCCCACUUAUUGUAGAGCAAGGCAGUGCCACAACUCUAAUAUUCACAAAACCUGCCAUUCCUGACAGGACAUUGAAGAGGGCCAGAUGAGGCUUCAAAUCGAUCUCAACUUUUAAGGGAGGAAGACUAUCUUCCAUUACUUAAGAAAGCUAGGGGUUGCCCCCAGUCACCAACAAGCCUUCAGGAGGCCAGUCUCUCUGCCAUCUACCAUUAGAUUGCAGCCAUAGUCAUGCCCACUAAUUUCAGUGGGUUUUCUCUGAGUAUUCCUUGGUGUGGAACAAACUGAAGGAGAUGAAAAGCUGCUUUUAAUUAUUGCAAACCUUCCAGUCUUCUGAAAGUCCAUGAAACUCAGAAUUGGCAGCUUUGGAUCUUUCAUACACUGCUUCAGAGAAACAAAAAAAUGAAACGAUCAAAAUGAACCUUCAGUCACAGAACCAAUAAGACUGCAGUGUUUUAUUAGACAUAGAGAUGGUAUCCGAAGCAGUCCCCUUGUUAAGGGUAGAGCUGCCUUGUCUUGUGAGACAGCACAACACCAUAUUUUUGCUUUUAAAUUGCCUCUUUGUUUUGAUUUCACUAAAAGAAAGCAUCCAGUAUCGACUGGACAAGAGUGAACUAACAAGCUCGUAAGUUGUAGUUUGUUUACUGACUUCAGCUGAAGAACAUCAACUCUCUGAGCAGUGCCAACACCUACCUAAUUUAUCUUGAUUUGGAGGAGGUAUUUUCAAGGUUAGCUCUGCCUCUGAUUGCCAGGCCUGAUUCUUUGUGUCUUGAUUUAGUGCAUACUGCUCCUAAGCCAUGUAUAUAGAUCAGUAUGCAAGAUGCCGGCAACAGGUAAAAGCUCACCUUGACCAUCUCCUGCCACUUCAUUCUUUUUAUUUGUAGUGACAGGAGAUGUUUGUUUUUUAAACAGAAAAGCUCAGAAAUUUGGCCACUGUCACAUAAAGUAAUCAGAAAAAUGCACACUGUGAUAGUUGUCCUCGCCCCCAGAUUUGUACAACUUCUUAUCUCAUUGAGGAACUGAGGUGAAUUGCUGUAGAGCACAAAAGGCAACUAAUUGCAAAGGCCUUUGUGAAUGUGCAGUUUUUACUUGGUUUUUAAAGUCACUCAGCAUCCCAGAAAGCUGGUGGCACUACCAAGAAUGCCUUGUUCCUAGUAUGGCACCUGUGAAAGUCAGUUCUUGAAAUUUAUUGUGUCUUCAGCUACAUACUGAGGAGGCAAUUGUUUAAGGUGCCUAGGCCCCAAACUGUUUACAGUUGUAAAGGUGACACCCAGCACUCCUCAAAGGGAGCAUGGAAAAUGCCUCACAUAAUGCAGACUGGACAAUGCCAAAAUAAUGUGCUCAGUCUUUUCCAACAAUCGGAUAGCUGCUUUUUGGUCCAAUUGAGGUUUCUGGGCAUUUUUGUGGGCUUCCCCAGGUAAACUCUGCUACAGGAGUCUAGUGAGGAAGUUAGUUACGCAUAAAUAACUGGCUAAGUCUGGCCUUUCCAGGGAAAGACAUUGCUGGUGGUAAGAGCUUGGGCGAGGGUACCAUCUUAAAUGGAUGAGGGAGGAAGAAGUGCCUAUACAUAACAUCAAACUUGUAAAGAAUGUGUGUUCUUAUGUGUGCUUUUCAGAGGCUUUUUAAUACCUCUAGUCAAGCUUCCAAGUAUAUAUUUUAUUUAAAAAACGACUUUACAUUUCUGCAAUAUGUGUUACUCUGUGCCCUCGGAGAAAUUCCAGUCUUUACUGCCCUCUGUAAGGUAAAGGUAAAGGGACCCCCGACCGUUAGGUCCAAUCGCGGAUGACUCUGGGGUUGCAGCUCUCAUCUCGCUUUACUGGCCAAGGGAGCCGGCGUAUGGCUUCCGGGUCAUGUGGCCAGCAUGACUAAGCCGCUUCUGGCGAACCAGAGCAGCGCAUGGAAAUGCCCUCUGUAGUAGGAAUCAAUUGUAACUCGUGUGAAUGAGCUAUUACUGUUUCAGCUUAGAAGAAAGACAACCCCCCCCCCUACAAAGAAAGAAGCAACAGACAAGGUGACCAUAGCCUUAUUACAAGGCUUAGCAUUUCACAGUUGCCUGCAUAUCCUGUGGAUACUGUUUGAGUAUUUGUUUGCUGGGAGCAGACUAGAAUAAUAGAAUGGUAGGAUCACCUAUAGUGCAACCCUCUGCAAUGCAGGACCCUCUUCCCCGUUUAAGAGUUUUCCCUGCUCAUGGUUCAAAGUGUGGAGGCAGCAGAAGUGGCUGUGCUGCUUUCCCACCAGAAAAUACACCAUUUGACCCAAAGGUAUUUGUGUCAGGCAGUGCUUGUUGAGAAAAUGAAACAAAUGUCAAAGUUAACCCCUUUCCUGGUGCCCCAGUCUCAAUCCUUGACCUCCCCCCACACUUUCCCUAGGGCUUGUCCCAACUGGGCUUUGGUGACUAUGUGUUCGAGGCCAUUUGACCUGUAAAAUCAACUUUCCUUAAGUACCUUUGCCACUUCUGUCUUCUUGCCAAAAUAAAUUAAGAGCCUUGUUACCGGUAUGUUCUGAAAGCACGGAAAAGCCUUUAGCAAAAGCAAGAAACUAUCAUUUUGACCCUUAAUGGAAUCACUUCUAAAAUCCCCGCUAAGGAACAAUCACCUUGAUUUAUUGCAAUACAUCUCCAAGGCACAAUAAAAAGCAAGAGUUGCCAUGUUGGCCCAUAAGAAAACAAAACCAAACCCUCCGUUACUUUGCUUAGGAUCCACUAAAGUGCCACAAAAAUAGUAGCAAAGCUCUUUAGUUCUCUGGAAUUCAUCAGGUGAGAUAUUAGGAAGUGGAAGGAAUGAGGAAAAAUAAAAAGCAAGAAAAUAAUAAUAAUGAAAAGGCUGGAUGUUUAGGCUCACUUCCAACAUGAUGACUGCAAAUUCAAUAGGUGUAUCCAAGGUGUUAUAGGGAACAAGCUGCACACUAGGGCAGGGGUUCCCAACAAAAUUUUCUCGAGGACCCCUCAUCGAGCCGCUAUUGUGACAAGGACCACCAUUAAUUCCUAAUCCUAAAAUUAAAAAGUGAGAGCCAAAUUAAUAGUAUUUUUAUAUUUUAUAUUUAUACAUUUUUACAGUUACAACAGAGUACUCCAUCAGUAUACAGUUAGUUUUAAUUUUCAGUUCUUAAUGGGAUGAGUUAAAUCUGUCCUUUGAGUCCAUUAUUUCUGAAAUAUUAGGUUCCAAACUUGAAACUUUCAUUCUGAAAUCCGACCGCAUGUCGAGCCGAUUCCUAUAUUUGUUUUUCAUGAAACACAUGGAACUGUAGCUUCCGCGAAAAACAACGCUUUGUUUACAAACACUACUGUUUUGCAAAGAGGCAGCGCGCACCAGGGAGGAGGGAGGGGAAUGGAGAAGACAGGGUACCUGCGCAGUAGCGCACAAAUGAAGCCGACGCGCGCAAAGCAUCUUGGGGAGGUGAGCGUUAGUAGAAUGCGCGCGCUGCCUCUUUGCAAAACAGUAGUGUUUGUAAAGCGCCACCUAACGGCAUACAGCAGAACUACUGCCUCUAUCUAAUUCUAGUUUUGCGCUAGACUCUGCUCAUGCAGGAAGCGGCCAAAACAAAAAAUCUGUUAUCAUACGAAAUAUAUUUAAUAUAUUUUUUAUUCUAAUAGCAUCUUGUGGACCCCUCUGGCAAGGGGAGUGGGCUGUGUGUGUGUGUGUGUAUCCCUAAGAAUCCUGUAUCUUACAAUAUUUGGUCUACAUGGGAUGCCCACAGUGCCUUGCAAAAUUAACCAAUAUAACCAGAAAGUUUUGAGAAGAGAAGACUCCCUGGAAAAGACCCUGAUGUUGGGAAAGAUUGAGGGCACAAGGAGCAGGGGACGACAGAGGACAAGAUGGUUGGACAGUGUUCUCGAAGCUACGAACAUGAGUCUGACCAAACUGCGGGAGGCAGUGGAAGACAGGAGUGUCUGGCGUGCUCUGGUCCAUGGGGUCACAAAGAGUCAGACACAACGACUAAACAACAACAACAAACCAGAAAGUUUAAAGUAGCCAUUAAAUUUGAAGCCUUGCUGAAUUACUUUCUCUUUGUUCCUGUAUAAGAUCUUAGUAGUACUUGGUUAUGUGACCUUUUUGUAUUCAGUUGCAGGUGGAAGGGAUAAAGGAUUUUCUGUGCAUCCAAAAAGGAAGGCGGAAAUUGUUGUACAACACAAUACCUUGUAAAAUAACACACCACUUGACAAAACCCAGCUUAAGUGCAGUAAAAAAAUAGUGAUGGUUUUGAACUCCUUUUGCAUCCUUGACCAUCACUGCUCAGUGGCCAGUCAGCCCACUUCAAUUUUAAUACCUACCCUUUUAAACAAUUUCCUUAGAUGUGCUGGCGGAGUGCAUUAGUGCAGUUUUCCUCCUUCGCUGGCUUCUCUGUGCAGUGCCGAGUUUUAGAAAUUUGUUUUAUUUGUUGUAUAGCAAUGUAAGAAUCAUUUUACCAGGGGCUACAGGAAGUUUAGCAGUACCACGAGACGCAUAGCUGCCAAGUUUUCCCUUUUCUCGCGAGGAAGCCUAUUCAGCAUAAUGGAAAAUCCCUUAAAAAAAGGGAUAACUUGGCAGCUAUGACGAGACGUCUAAUAGCAUAAUAGUGGCCUCCCCAUAUAAAAAUAGCACCAUUGCUACUUGCUAAUGAAUGGCCCACAAUAAGGAGAUUACCAAAGCCUAUUAUUGGCUUUCUUCAAAAUAAAAACUCAUUGCAUUAGAGAGGCUGGCUAUAAAACUUGCAUUGUUCACUCAUUGUCCGGUGUUCUUAAAAACUUUAGAAGAAGAGUGGAGGGACAAGCUGGACUACAACUCCCAUCAUCCUUGACCAUGGCUCAUGCUGGCCGGGCCUGAUGGGAGUUGGAGUCCAACACCUUCUGGAGGGCCAAAUGUUUUCCAUCUCAGAAUUAGACAAUGAGAUCUGAACCAAGGUAUGCUGACCCUGGUAUAUAUGAGCAAUCAUUAAUUUCAGCAAGCAACAGAACAGCUGUGAUGGGAAAUGGAUGACAAGAAUGGAAGAUAGCAACUCUGUGCUUCUUUUAGUAAACUGCUUGGAACCUUGACUGAAUGACAGAAUCAUAUGAGACAUUGGCACCUUGGUUGAUAAGAACUCGAAAACAUUAUACCUAAAAAAAUGCAAAAGAUAACAACAAGGGCAUUAUAAUAGAUGUGGAAUUAUCAACAUUGUUUUGUUUUGAAGAAAAAUCUUGGAAUGUGGCAAAAUGACCAUGACUUUUUAAAAUGUCAGAAAAUCAGGGGUACUAGUUAAAUUUUGGACACACCUGUAGUCUGCAUUUUGUGGGGUUUUCCCCUAUUUAUGCAAUGAAGUUACCUGAAUUAAAUACAAUGAAUGAAUUACCUAAUUAAAUGAAAUUAGUUGAAUGAAAUUAUGCAUGAAAUGAAAUCUUCCAUUGUGGUGCCUACCGUGUUGACAUUAGGUGGGUGAGCUCUGAUGAUGAGAGCCUAUCUCCUGAUGGUUGCUACCAUCUCCUGAUGGUUGCUACCAAUUCCUGAUAAACCAAUUCCUGUGGGGUUGUUUAUUUUAUUCUUAAUGUUUAUUUUAUUCAAUUUUAAUGGAUUUCAAGAUUCCUGCUUUGCAGAGGGUUGGACUAGAUAACUCUCAUGGUCCCUUCCAACUUUUCAAUUCUAUGAUUCUACAAAAUAUACAUUUAAAAGGUGGAAAAUUCUGUUCUAGUUCCUGAUCAAUAGAAAAUGUCUACAGAAAAUCACCCCCCCCCCUGUUUCUUUCCUUGUUUCUUUCCUUGUAAUUGCCUAUUCAACUCUUCUUCAUGUGCUCCCUCCAUCCCCAGAUCUGGCUGGCUCAUUAUGAAUUUUAUUCCAAUAUGCAGGUAUUCUAGAAAACUUAGAAAUUCUGUUUCAUAACUAGGUGGGCUAGAAGAAGAGACCAACUCUUCACUCAGUCAAAUGACUCCAAUUGAUUUGUCAAUACAGUUAUAAUGCUGUUCUUACUAUAACACUAUUCUUAUAUUAUUUUCUAUGCACCAUAUAGCUAUCUUAUACCACUUUAUGUGCCUGUUUUGCUUCAAAGGUCAUAAUAUAUUCCAUGUGAAGGUAAUAACAUGUGUACUGCAUUACAUCGAUGGAUUUGUUUCAGUUACAGCCUGGAGUCUGUGCUCUUUAAUCACUGGUUAUACUUUACUCCCUGAACCACUGGGUUCCUAAUCUGGAAAUGUGAACCUGUAUUCAAUCACCAAAUCUAACACAAGUGAGCAUGAGACAUUGUCCAUGGGGUGGUUGAAUGUGUAGGGGACAAAAUAAUAGGUAGUGGGAGCUCAGGUAACAUGAGGAAAGGCUUGGGUAUAGAUAAAGCUUGGAAUCUAAAUAAUUGCACAGUUAUUUAUACAGGGUGAGGAUUUUCAUAUUCUGCCCCCAUCCAUGUAUCUCCAUUUCCCUCUACAGUCCCACAAGAAACAUCCGUUUUCUGGAAGCAAUGCGAUGUUACAGCACCGUCAGGUUAAUGAGAAGGGAGGAUUUGAACGCCAUAUGGUAGCAAGCAAGAGCAACUGACAGUUGUUAAAUGUGCUGAGUGCCUGACAAGCCUGAAAUUACACCCAACAAGCUCCCAACAUCCUUGCAUCCAUUUUGAGAGGAGGUCCAGUACGUUUUUGACUUCUGUUUCUAAAGCAGCAAGAGGCAGCUCCCGAAAGCCCACAGAAAGCCGUGAUUUCUAUCCCAAAUAUCAAACGAAAGUUGGUCACAAUGAAUAUCUCUGUGCCUUUGACGGCUUAAUUUCUAGGACAUCUCUGUCAGAUUCCAUUCAGCUCUCUGCCUGCCAGUCUGAUCCUCCUGCGAUUCCUCCAAAUCACUCUCUCCUACUCAUGUUGUAGCCUGUUUGCCCCAUUAUCGGGUAGUUGCUGCGAACAAUGUAGCGCUUAGGUGGCCUCUACCCUCCUCAAACACUUCCUCCCCCACUGUCUUCUGCAUUUGGUUUAAAGCUUGAGGUAAUUAAAUUUCUCUCUUUCCCCCCCUCUAGCAACAUUGAUCUAUAUUGGAUAUUUAGACUCCAGAGAAUCAAAGCUCUUUAUUCUUGCCUGGAAUAUGUUGCCCUCAGAUUUAUUCCCUACGUGCAUGGAAUAAAUGAGGAAGGACUAAUGUACUGGAGUCAUAGCAGCAAGAUUUGUUAACCACAAGAUGGCAGUUUGACUGCCUUGGCUAGACUUUUGUAAUUGAUGCAUGGAAGCAGCCUCAGAUUUUAGCCUGGCUUUGGCAGAGGAUCCUGAGCAUCUUCCUUUGGGGCUUUUAAAUGGUUUUAAAAGUGAGACUUGGCUCUCAGUAUUAAGGCUGCCAUGUUUUAAACAGGAGGCUUGUUGGGGAAUGCAUUGUAUGGGACAUAGCAUAUUUCUGAUGGCCUCUAUAUUUCUGGGAACUUUUCAUAUUUGCUCUUGCUUCAUCAACUCCUCAUAAGGAAGCUGUGCCUGGAGGAAGAACUGGGAGGGGAGAGACUUUGUCAGGCAAGGCCUCCUUCCACCUGCCUUGCUCCACCCUCUAGUCUCUGCUUAUCAAUUUGUAUUGUACUGUGGCUUGUCGUCGUUUUAU